ACUUUUUGAAGCUGGUAGAUGAGUAGUCUAGUAUUCGAAUAAUAGGCGAAAAAACUGCGUGCUUUUGUGUGAAAAUAUUCAUCAAAUAGAAACUGCAAACCGCCGCAUUGUUUGCGACACGUGUUUGCAUGGAAGAACGACUGUAGCUGCGGCUAUAAAUGUGAAGACAACGCGUCCCCUAGGUUGCACGCAGUUUCGACGCCGGCUCGUUUUGUCUGCUCGCUCUCUGAUUCAAAAAAUACCCCAUCCAUGGAGCGCAUGUUAUUUUGGUUCUUUUUCGCAGUGGUAGGCACUGCAUCCGGGCAACGAUUUGGAUCACGGCUCCAGUGUAGCCUCACGGAGGAACCAGUGCAGGAUGGUUGGCCGCAAAUGGAUCGCUACUGUAAACCCUGGCUCACGCACCCUUGGCGGCUGUUCAAGCAAUACAGAUGCCUGUGCAAGUCGGGUUACGUGCGCAACGCGUGGGGACAGUGCAUCAGUUGGCGCCAGUGCCACACUUGCAUGAGUGCUGCCAAUGCGGACUUCAUCUCGCACCGAGCUGAUCCACAACCAACCUGCGGACAACUUAUGCCCAAGGAUUGGGUUUGGCGGGGAUAUCUCGUCGGCUGUGCCUGUGCCCCAGGAUUUGUGCGGUACUACAAAGGGGGACCCUGCGUCCGUGCCGACCAGUGCCCGCCAAUCUGCCGCGGUGCCAACCAGGUGUAUAGUCCCUGCCAAUCCGAGUGCCCGGCCACGUGCGGCCGCAUAGUUCCGCAUAAUUGCCAGUAUAGAUGCGAAGUGCCAAGAUGCGUCUGCAGGCCCGGCUACGUAGCGUUGCGGGAAGAUCCGCUAGUCUGCGUACCCCCUAGCCAUUGUCCCCGCGUUGCACCAAUAUGUCCUGGCCCCAACCAAAGGUACACGACCUGCAUGUCACGCUGCCCUCGGUCUUGUUCACAAAAGGAGCCUCGUAUGUGUGCAGCUGUAUGCUCGGGUGAAGGAUGCGUCUGCAAAGAAGGAUACGUUAUCGCGUCUGGUAAUCCUCUCCGAUGCGUACGUGAGGAGGAGUGUCCACGGCAAUAGGCCUAUAGAACAGAAGAGACGUUCACACGCUUAAAUUGUGCAAGUACGAUCAAGGCCCUACCGUUAAAAUGUUGACACUGAACGUACCUCUUACCAGCAACCGACAGACUAUAUCUGUAGUCUGAAUUGCAUCUUGUUUUAACCUGGCAGAACCUUCUUUGUGUACAGAACUUGAAAAAGGCAGACAGUCGAACAGAGGGAAACGUAUCGGCAAUUAGGCGUUGUGAUAACGUUGAACAUUUCGCCCAAUUAUUAAUCGGUUCCUCUUUGCUGCAGUAUGUAAACACUUGAAUUACAGAAGGAAUGCCCUCAACCGCCUAAAUGAGCGGAAACAUCAUUCACUGUUUCCUGCUUGUUUGGCCAGUAGGGUAAGAGGUCUCGCGUAGACAUGCUUUGUCGUAUCUUGCAGUCUGGAAUACUUUCAAAAUAUCACGUGUGAACUGGGCCGCGUUUUGUAAGCACAGUGGGUAAUAAAAGUUUAUGGUUGCACCUAA